AUGGAGAAGGAAGAGGUCGAGGUGAGGGAAGGAGGGACAGAGCACGACGGGCAGGGCAACGGCCUCCCACCGUGGGAGCAGCAUGCGUCGGUGAUCAGUCUUCCUCGUUUCGACUACCGGACACCUUCUCUGCUCCUCGAGUGCUCUCAUUCUGGAUUCCUCAUCACUUGCCCCAUCAGUGAGAUUCCCUUUCAUCUCUCUUUUAUCAUAUCGUCAUCGUACUGCGCGGAUGUGUGGAUAGGCUGGUCUGUUGUUUUCAUUAAGUAGACCUGAAUCCGUAUUAAACAGUGGAUUCUCUGAUCUUGGAUGAUAUAUGAGCUCUGCUAUUCACGAACGAUUAGCGGCUUGGAUGGAUAUCUUGAUCUGGGUUUCAUUUCCGUCCUCUUUUUCGAUGCGGAUUAGCUGAGGAACGCAAACCUCGAGCUAAAGCUUGGCUCACAGAAGUAAGAAUCAGUAAAUGCGAAUUGAUCUUUAAAGCGGAAAUAAGAAUCCAGAAAUGCGAAUUAAUCUUUUUUGCGGAUCCGCGCACAAACACUCCUCAUUACAGCUAUUUGUACUCUGUAUUGGCAAAAUCUCAAUCGUCUCUUGUCUAUCAUCAUCUGAUUUAUGGAUAUCCAUUUUUUUGAUCUUCUGUCAGAGAGGGAGAAAAGUGCGACGAAAGAAGCCAUUUCUAUCCUCGAGAAGGUUGAUGUCUGUACCGCAUCAUGCUGCUAUUUUUUUUUGUCAGCGUACUUAAUAUUUCACCAUUGAAGGGAUUGCUCUGGCUUGUAGAUUACUCCCAUCUUUUAUAUAUAUAUAUAUAUAUAAAUUGAAUGGUCUUAGUGAAGCUUCGAUAACAUUUAGAGGAUAAUGGUGAGACUACAAGGGCUGAGUGAACAGGUGUAUUAUCUGCGUAUACUGUUCAAGCUGUGGUACCUGAAUAAAUAUGUACUAGUAGGUAUAGAUAUUAGUGAUUAUCUAGGAGAAGAAUCUAGUCUAUAUGGAGAAAAAAAAUUGGAUAGAAAAUAUUUUGAUUGUAAAAUUCUCCGGUUUUGUUUUAGAAAAACAUUCAGUUGAACGACCAUGGAUUUGAUCGUUUCUGUAGCCCUUUCCCUUUAUCUGGUCGAGUAAAGUGUUCUAUUCGCAUAAUUCUUCUUGGUAAGUUGAUUUAUCAGUCUUUAAGUUGGUUUUACUUCAAUUUGACCAUCUAUUAAUUUUUAACAGAUUAUUAACCAUAUUCCAUGGCUGUAUACUUUGCUCUGCUCUGACUUGACUGGCGGGAUAAAUGAAUUCACUUCUCAUAAUUUUUAGCUUGAGUCUUUGUAGCAUUCAAAGUGCAUAGGAUCCACGUGACUCGGGUUUCCUCCUGAAGUGUCUGUAGAGUUUAUCUUAUCCUGAUUCAUGGUGUAGCCUUGUAUUUUGAUAAAUCUCUCACUCAUGACCAGAAUGGCUGUUAGUCUGUUCUUUAUAUUGCAAGCAAAAGCAGUGAGGCCGUUUUCAUACAAGACUUAGAUGUGUAACUAACUUCGCAUCAUUUGAUUCAAGACUUUUCUAAUGCAUUGUCGCCUUGGUAUGUAAAACAUAUCACGCAUUGUAAAAAAAAAAGGGAUUUUCUAAUUCAAAACACUCAGCUGUCGUGUACUCUCCCUACUGAAACCGUUGUCCAUAGAAAUAUUUUUUUAGAACCCUAGAAAUGCUAAGAGCGUUCGAAGUAUUUAAUCUCAUUAUUUGAUAUUAUUCUUGAAGUCCAUCCGACAUAUUUAAUCUCAUUAUUUAACCCUAGAAAUGCUAACCGUCAUACCAAGCCCAUCCGAAGAAAAGAACAUUAUUUGAUAUUAUUCUUGAAGUAUUUAAAUAUAUUAAUCUCAUUAUUAAUGGCUGAGAAAAAUAACAUUACGUCACCCCUCCUCUCUUUCUUCUCGUGUUACCCUGCAUUAGGAUCGAAUGGUUUGUCACCUGAUUUUGGUUGUGGCUCUAUAAAACGAGUGAUGUAUAAACUAAUUGUGAAGCAAAUUAGUUUGCCAUCGGACCACUUUAACUGUGGUCUGUAGUCGAUCACUAAUCGUUCCAAAGACAAAAUAUUUCACCAUAUUUUAAUCCACUGCUUUAUCUUUUGGGCAUCAUUCUAGCCCAUUGUGCUCCUGUACAUCUUAAUUGCUGGUAUCUAUGUGUUUCUUCUGCAGCUGUGUUCUUGUGCAUCUCAAAGUAUGGACCCUGAAUCUAAUGUCGCCACAAAGAAAAGGAAAAUUGAAGAAAAGGAUGGUGAUGGUGGACUCAGCUCACCGAAAAAGGGUCUCGAAAUUACAAAUGCGUGCAGUGGUAUGUGCUCUAGUUAACAAGGAACUGAGACUAUGCUUUUUUAGUGCAUUGAGAAGACCAUUUCCCGCUGUACUCAUUUGUCAGUUUGUUUUGGGUUAGAUGGCACCAUAACUUCAGCAUAGUGUUAAAAAUCGAUAAUUGAUCCUGGACUGCUCGUGCCCUUUUCAUACUGCACUGUACAAAUCUGCUUACAUGUGAGGAGCAUGUGAAAAUAGUCCCACAUCGAUUGUUUGAGUAGAAAAUUUAUUGGGUGGAAUGACCCAAUCACUUCUACACUUUCCUCUUGCUAUCUUUUCCACAAGUUAAUUUUUAUAUCUGCUUCAGUUAUUGGCAUGUGAUACCAUCUAGUUAAAGCAUGUACUCGCAGGUCAGAUUUCCGAAGAGACAGAUGCAUCAAAUCUGCAGAGUGGUGAAAUGCAGGCAAAGCAGUCCAAUCUUUCGUUGGUUAAGCUAGCAAGAAGUGGAUUAAUCCUGUUGACUUUCACUUCGGAUAGGUUUAUUUCUACCGUCGAUGUUGUAUCAAGCAUCUUUCACUCCUUGGGAUGUGGAGAUUUGAAAUCACCUCUGUAAGUUGCAUCCAUAUUAUCAGCCCUGUGAUCAUAUUGUAAUGUCUACGAAUAUCAUACUUUUUUGGCCAUGUACAUGGGUCAUUACCCAUAUCCACUCUGUUCCUUUACUACCUAUUUCAUGCAUACAAUAUCCAUCUUUCUUGCCCAACUUGUGCAUGUUCUAAAGACCCACCCAAUUGAGCUAACAGAGAACCCACCACCAUGCAUCAAACCAGUCAAUCUACGUGAUCAAGGUGAGACCUGUAAGCGUGGAAAGUUGGCCCAGCUCCGGUACAAUCGAUCUCUAGCUUUGCUUGCCAAAACCAGAACACGCUGAUUUUAGCGAAUCAGAUAACCUGAUUUUAGCCCAAAAGGGAAUCCUCAUGCUUCUCUUUCCAGUAGUCUCUUAGCGGAUCGUAUGCAGUUGACCCUAGUCUCUUCUUCCCAAAACAGCAUCUUUUGCUUGUGCCUGAGUUCGUUGGUUACCAUCUUAGGGAUGGACGAUUGCCUUGGCUAACCAUGGCAGUUGCCGUGCAGCUGGUGCCAUCGUAUUUUUCCAAUUCAAGGAACCUGCACUUUGAAAGAGAAGGACCUCAGCAUAGCAGUGACAAACCUCUUCCAGCACUACCUUGCCAAGGAAGGGGCCAAACUUGAGAAACCCAUCAAGGUAUGGUUUUUUUGCUCGUGGUCUUCGCGUCAGUAGUCAUUUCUGUACCUCAUUACUGAUCUCAAACCAAUGAAAGGGAAGGGUGGGAAGAGGGAGGAGACUAGACAGAGGAUGGAGAAAAAUAGGCAGGGAAUGCGGAGAGCCCGCUGUCAUUAAGCCUAGAAGAGAAGAAGGCGCCCCUUAGUGAGAGUUUACUCUGUUCUGGGUAAAAAAGUUCAGCCUGCCGCGGAAAAAAGAUUUCCUCUCUUGGAAUCAUUCUUGAGCAAGUCAAGCUUUCUUUACCCUCUCUGGUGUGGGUGUUGAUGGGUCGGGGCCCUGCUCAAGCUAUGCUGAACCAGCCUGAGUUGCAGUGUCUUUGGUGGAACCCUAACUGGCACGGCCUCAGAGGAAAUAGGUCGAGAAAAAUAAACCCCCUAAGUGAGAGUUUUGCCACCGGAUCUCUUAAGAAUUCUGGAGUUAAAGCGUGUUUGGGCUGGAGCAAUGGCAGGAUAGGUGACCACUUUGACCCCUAGUUUGCAGUUGGGUACAACAGGAGAGGCCUGGAUCAACCAGUGUUCAAGGAACCGGCCUUACUACUAGACCGCGACCAGUGCUUCUCCGUCGUUGCCAAAGCUGUCAAGGAUCUCGCUCCCGAUGCCGUCGUCGAUCUCAACUCGCCCGAGGUUAAAAUCACUACCCUCCGUCUCUCUCUAUCUAUCUCUAUCUCUCUCUUCCCCCCUCUUUCGUCAUCUUCGGCCUUUCCUUUGUCUCGGAAGCCAUCCCUCAUUUGUGACUACACACCCCCAUGGUCUUGCAGCUGGUUGUGCUCGUAGAAGCUCUACCGGUGUCCGGGCUGCCCCCCCGGUCGGCGGUGGCCGGUGUCUCCAUACUCCCCCGCAGUCUCAUCACCGCCAAGCCACGGCUCUCCGUCAGGGCCCUGAUUGCGGACGGCAACUCCAGGAAGAAGAAGAGCUGA